AUGGAACCUAAUCUGAAACUUACUCAAGAUAAUGAAGAACCUUUUAAAGACCUUCUAGUGUACAGAAAAAUCAUUGCAAAGCUACAAUACCUCACGAAAACUAGACUGGAUUUAUCAUUUUUAGUCAACAAGCCUAGCCAAUUUCUUGCUACACCAAGGGCACCACACUUGAAAGCAGCUCAAAGGCUGUUGCAAUAUGUCAAGGCUUGUCUUGGACUAGGCCUUUUGUUUUCAGCAGAUUCUAAAGUUCAACUCAGAACAUAUACAGACUCGGAUUGGGCAUCUUUCCAAGACGCAAGGAGAUCGACUUUGGGUUUUUGCAUUUUUCUUGGUGGUUCCUUAAUAUCAUGGAAAAACAAAAAGGAACAUACCAUUUAUAGAUCUUCCACUGCAGCUAAGUUUAGAGUUAUGGCAAACACAACUUGUGAAGUCGUAUGGUUACUUUGUCUUAGAGGAACUGAAAAUUGCUCACAAUGGACAAGUAGAACUUUAUUGUGA